GCGCCCCCAUAGUCCAAAGUUUAUAUAAAACGAUGUGGAUUUUUAAAAUAACGUAAAUCUUUCAUGGGUUUUCUGCUACAUAUUUCAGUAAGAGACAUUUACGUUAUUUUACGCCUGGGGGUUCCCUUUAAAAUGUAAACUACAUUUGUCAUACAUCUUUUAGCAACAAGGCACCAUGUAAGUUUGUUGUGUUUGAAAGCUUUUUAGUGUAUGAUCCCCAGUUUUCGGAAAGUCGGAAAGUGUAUCAUGCAUAGUGUUUUAAAUCUGUUUAGGUGUUAAAAUUUGUGUAAUUUUUUCAACCUGGAUAGCUUCAACACACAAAACUGAAGUCUAAAAAUAACAUUCCACAUAUUGUAUAAAUAAACACGAGGAAGCCACUUUUUAAAGCACUUCCUCUGACAGCCUUAAGAUGCAACUGAAACUGGUGUUUGCAACUGCAGGCAGUAAUUCAGUCUGAGUACAUCACCCAUGUACUGACUGUGGUCAUGAUAUAAUUCAUUUUUUUAUUUCUUAUCUACGUUUCGCACGUGACCUAAAUGACAGCUCGCUUGCAUCACGCGUGCUUACAAACUCCCACAUUGUGUGGUUAAAAUAACUAGACCUCACCGGUUCUUUAUUGCACGAAGAUGCUCUGCAAAAGAGGUUAAAGGCAAAUGAGGUACGGAGGACAUUUGUUUUAACCGAUUGAUCUCCCUUGCAUUUUUAGAUUGUCACAUCUGCAGGCCAUGAUGUUGCUUCUGUAUUGUAGCUGAGACAGUGGGCAACACCUCUUUUGUAUUGGUCCAAUGAAUGAAGCACUAAAAGAAAAGAUCAGUUGUGAUUGGCACCAGUUGAACAGAUAACUUUGCUGGUUGUUUGUCACGGAGUAACUGCAUGAGAACACAUAGUGCUCUUGAUUGUCAUGACUUAAUUAUAGGCAUUUAAAAGGAUUUUUAAGCUUUAGAUUGUAUGCGUUUCAGUCUACAAAAUCUCUUUAUUGUUCUAGCUUGUUUCUCGCUUGACUAAAAUUACACUACUACCUCAAACCAACAUCACUUCUUCAUUUGCAGCAUCGUGAGUUAGAACAUCAGGUUCCUGCAAAAUACAAAAAAAGGAUGAAGUUUCUGAAAUAUGAAAUGAUAUUAUCAAAGUGUAACGCUGUGACCACAUGUGCGUGGAUGCUGCUCUCUUUGUUUCCUGUUGUUAUAGCUGAAGAUGCAUUAUUUAACAGCAGCUCAAUUCAGACUGUUCAUCGAGGAAUGUCAGUCAAUAUCAGCUGUAACUACAAACCAUCUAAUGACAGUGAUGGUUUUACAGUGGAACUGCAUUCUAAUAGUAAACUGUGUUCAGUAAUGAAAAGCAACAAAUCAUGGAUAAAACAGUCAUGUAAGGAUCACUGUAGAUUUGUUUGGAUUCCAGAAACUGUGCAAAUGUCUUUUGAGGUAUCAAAUCUGCAGAUAAAUGAUACUGGCACGUACAAAUGUGUUGUGACAAGAUUAAUACCACCUCCUUCUCAGCUUUUAAGAGAGGAAAAAACAUUUGUUCAAGUGAUUGUACCACCCAAUGUGUCUGUGUCACAUGAAGGAGCAUUGGGUGAAUUUCCCACGAUCGUGUGCCGCUCUGAGGGGUUUUACCCUUCUGCUCUAGAGCAGAUGUGGAUGAGAAAUGGAGAAUUUCAGAACGCCUCUCUCACAUACAGCAUUAAUAAAACCAACCCAGAUGGAUCAUUCACCCUGCAUUCAUUCCUGAAUACAUCUGACUGUGUGAACUACUCGUGUUGGGUAAACCACUCAACCCUGAGCCAACCAACAAUACUCACCCUGACUCCUGCUGACUGUUAUGAGAACAGAGACUGGUAUAAAGAAAAUGGAUGGAUAGUUUUUGUGACCUCUGCGCUGUUUUUUCUCACCAUACUGAUUAUCAUGAUCGUGUGUGAGUGUUCCAGAAAGGCACAUCACAAGCCUCCUGUAAGAGUAAAUGUCACACCAGGGCCUGAUCUCCAGUCUCAUCUGGAGUAUGAUGUAUAUUCACUGUUGGGAGACCAUCAUCCAGUCCCAUGCAGCCCUGUCAGACUUCAGUCAUCUCUAUAAUAAGCACCAAAUGAAGACAUUUUAUACUGAUAGAUUUCCUAAUCCUUGUCUAAUUCACUAACCUGAUACCAACUUGUGUAUGUAAUAUAGAGUUAUAUAAUUUAUAUGUGAUUAUUUAACCUUCCCUUAACAUUUUGUUGACUGUAUAUAUAUGUAUAUAGACAAAAUAUAUGACAUGUACAAUAAACAU